UGACAAACUCAGAAAACGUCACAAAUCGGAAACAUUCACAGUUUGGGCCCAUCACUCAGCAGCAGACAUGGAUUGCGGAAUUCUAACAUCUAAAACCGUUCUUUUAUUUCUCAGUUUAAUAUUUUGGGCUGCUGGAGCGGCCCUCGCGUAUGUUGGCUCUUAUGUGAUAAAGAGCUACAACAACUUUGAAGACUUUGUGUCUGAUAAGUACUCUGUCAUCCCAGCAGCCAUUAUAAUCGGUGUGGCUGUGGUCAUGUUUGUCAUCGGGAUUGUUGGCUGCUGUGCAACUCUGAGGGAGUCCAAAGUCGGUUUAGGCUUUUUUCUUAUCAUCAUCAUGAUAAUCUUCGCAGCUGAGGUGACCGCUUUUGUGUUUGGCUUCAUCUACAGGGGAAGAAUUAAGGGUGACCUAGAAAAGUCAAUGAACAGCGUCUUUCAAAAGUAUGACGGUGUGAACACUGAAGCCCAUGCAGUGGAUUACUUGCAAUCUCAAUUGGAGUGCUGUGGGGUGAAUAACAUCACAGACUGGACUGCAAUACCAUGGUAUGGCCAGCAUAACAACUCUGUGCCACAUUCCUGCUGCAAAGCAAAUGCUACACAAUGCACUGGCCAACUCACCCGACUAGAUCUUCUGAACACACAGGGAUGUGAAGCUAAACUGGAGCAGGUGCUUCAGGAUGUGCUUGGUUAUGCAAUGUUGGUCAUCCUGGGAUUUGCCAUCAUUAAGCUGUUUGGGAUGCUCAGCAUCUGUGUCAUUGCCUGCAGAAGCAAGAAGAAUGACUAUCAGCCUCUGUACGCGUGAUAGUAAAAUCUCCUGAAUCCCUCACUUGGGACAGUCUCUACAUUCUCGAUACUGUGCAGCUAAACACAGCCUCACUGGCACCAUAAACAUCAGUGGUUUGAAGGUGUGGCAGUAUUCCAAACAUUUAGCCUUUUGGUUUGAAUUUGAAAGUGCAACUUGAACUUGAAGCAAUGCUGACAGGAACCACACAGGUGUGUGGUCAGAAAAACACUGAACAUUAUCAUAUGAUCAAAGAGGUGUCUGUAAACCAUGUGACAUUCUUAGUUUUGACUAUUAACGUUUUCCUGCCUAACAGGUUUAUGCUAGCCCUUGACAAAUACUGUAUGUCUAUGUCUCCAACUCCACAAAAGUACUAGGAAAUGUUAUAUAGCAGUACUUCACCAAAUGUUUAAAAUGUAGAUCAAACUUUAGAGUUGAUAGAUGCACUUCAUUUUUAAGGAUUUUAUGUUUCUGUGGGCUUUAGUUUCUACAUUACAUUCAGUGUUUUUUUUUUUGUUUGAUUUUUUUCAGUGCUACUGUCCAAAUGAUAUCUGUCUUAUAGUUGUCUGUUUACAUGCAGUGUAUACAAUACAGCACAACGGAAGGAUAUUAAAUUAUGGAAAUAAA